UUCAAGGAUUAUAUUUGGAUUGAUAAAGAGAAAGAGCUCCAUAAGGGCGAGGACGGAAAGAUAGGAGCGCGAAGAGGGUAUGAAGCGGGUUUCCCCAGCCCAGCGCGAUUCACAUGCAUUAGCCAGUUUCGCCCACAGUGUGGCGCCGAACCAGUCAGGAGUGCACAUCUGCGCAGGCGCCAUUUCCCAACAUACACCAUGAGUGGGCAUGAAGAGCACCGCGGCCUUUUGCGUCACUCCGGUGUCACGCUUUACGGCCGCUCCUCAAUCCCACGGUGGGAAUACGACGCGAUACGCCGCCGCGUUAUUCUUUUUCAGGCUGGAGCGCGCGGUAGACUGCCGGUGGGAGUGCGAGUGGCUGUGCAGCGGCGGAAGUUAUCUCUGCAGGGAAGAUGCUUCCCUUGUCGCUGCUGAAGACAGCCCAGAAUCACCCCAUGGAGCAGCAGUAUGGCUGCGUAGCCAAGACUUGGCCCUGAAUGCUACGGGACUGGAGGAACCACAGGAGCGCUGCCUCUGAUAGGCAGUGUGUCCCUAGACUUCACACAGCCAGAGCCUAGCCUUACACCUGUCAGCACCCAUGUCAAGUUCACCCCAAGCCCUGGCUGCUUGUGUCCUGUGACCACCUACCCUCUGCACCUGCCUUUGCAUCUUGUGAACAUUUCUGAGUGAGGAGCGUGUGGCUGGCUCCGUGUCACUCAGAGGUUUUGAGUCAUCCUUUUCUUGGCUGUGUAAUAUUCUUCCUAUAGGUGACCAGACUGGGCUUGCCCAUUGUCCCCUCACUAUCCUCCUGUCACAGCCACCAGAGUCCUGGAAUCACAGGUGUGUGUCGCCAUGCCUACCUAGUGUGGAGUUUUAAUUGUCUCUGUCCACACACUAGGUAGGGAACCUGGGUGGUGCCUGCUCAUCACAGCACUUGCAGGUGAAUGACAGCCCAGCCUCAAAGGUUGAUUAGUUGCACAGAAAGCUGUAGUUUGGGAUGUGAAGCCGGGUGUGUUUGAGCCCUGGCUGCUU